AUGGCCCAGGACAAGUUUCAGCUUAAUGUCCACCCUUGGCGCGAGGUACCACUGAUGCGCGCUACCGGUUACCCUCUGUUCAUCAUAAGCAUGUUACGAUUCACCUCUGCUAUUAUCGCUACUGGCAGAAGACGUGCUAAGUACAAUUAUACAUUCCAAGACAGAGACUCAAAGGGCUCGGGGAUCUUCGCAUAUCCUCAGCCUGUAUCCGACGAGCGCUAUGUUGACUACGGCCUCGCUAGGUUUGACAGGCAAGCACACACUGUCGAAUCUCUAAUCUACGUCUAUCUCAUUCUUAGCUUGGUCGAUUGA